AUGGCUACCAGUAAUAUGCAAGCCGUUGUUCUUCUCCAUCCUUUGGAUUUCUCAGGUCCCGUCUUCGAUCGUACCCUUACCUUUACCUCUGAGUCUGAUCGUAUCGAAAUCGGUAGAUCCUCUCAACGAGCAAGUAAGGAUCUCUCACCGCGGCCUAAUAACGCCUUGUUCGAUUCUCGUGUCAUGUCCAGGGUCCAUGCCAUACUGCGCGUGUCACUAAAUGAGAAGGUCGUUUACGUUCGUGAUCCUGGAUCCAUGCAUGGUACUUGGUUGAAUAAGCGAAGGGUUCCCGUCGAAACGGAUAUGGCUCUAUCAGACGGUGAUGUGUUGACAUUUGGGGUGGAGGUCAUCCGAGGCUCUGAUACUUUCCCGCCACUGGAAGUACGCUGCGAGUCCCAGUUCGAGGAAACUAGGAAGGAAGCCCCACCGAAGGCUUCUCAUCAGACUGCUUCCAACACUUUUAGUGUCCCUGAUGAUGAUGACGACGAGUACGAUGAUCAUAAUUAUGAUGAUGAGUAUGACGACGGUGAACAUCGAGCUGCAGUUGAUCUUACUGUCGACCGCGCUUCUGAGUCGAAUGAUUCAAGUGCCGGUUCGGACUCGGAUGAUAGUCGUUCGGUGGUGGAAGUUGCUUCACCAAUGACUUCUCCUCUCAAGAACUGGGAUUUGAAAAAUGCUGGGGUUACCGAUUCUUCGGCGGCAGUACCCACACAAGGAGCACUCCAGGAUCCGACAAGGCCGAAUAAUGGGGUAGACCUGGACUCAGAACAAAUCUUGGCCACCCCAAGAAUGACGCCACCUUCAGACCGUUAUGAAUCAGAUAACGCGAGCUAUGAGAAUCCAUAUGCCGACGAAUACUUUGCUCGUAAUUCAGAUGAAGAGUCGACUGACGACUGGGAUGUGGGAUGUGUAGAGGGCGAUGAGGAAGAGGAUGAAGACGAAAACGAAGAGCAGGAAAUUAAAGAGGCUAUAGAUGCCAAUCCUUUGCCUGACACAGUAUGCGAGUCUUCUGAACCUGCCAUCCAUGCCCAGAAAGAGUCGCGCAUCCGCUUUUCAGAUUUGAUCAAUGCUGAAGAUGACCUUGAUGAUGCUGCCGCGGUAGACUGCGAGAAGCUACCACUGGUUAACACCAUUUCUGACAAUGGUGAAAUUCAGGCUCACGAUUUGAACCUCCUUCCAGAAUGCACUUUCGCAGGCACUGGCUCUCAGCAGGUAGAGCGGCAAAUUCACGGGGCCUCGUUUUACUCUACGCUCAAUUCUCCUUAUUCCUCAUUCGAGGCACUCAAGGAGUCGCAGCCUCCCUUACAGCCCAGUGGAAAUCUGCCUGACCAUUAUCGAUCGAACAUUUUCCCUACCGGCACCAUUCUGCCGCCAAUAAAGCCGAGUAUCGAACAUACCCCCAGAUAUUAUCCUGGCAACAUAUCCUCUUAUUCCGAGCCAAUGGGGCAGUACAAUGAUGGUCCUUUUGCAACAAACCAGCCAAUGCCGGACAUCACAGUACAGAGGUCUCCCGCUACCAGUGGCAGUGCUGUGACCGACUUUAUGCCUUUCAUGGAUCGACUGGCACCGAUGAUGCCCCGCACAUCUUGUGAUGCAACAGUACCAGUGCCCGAAUCGGAUAUGAGAGCGAAUAUCAGUGAACAAUCUCCAGAACCGAGCGAAUGGAAAGCUUCUGGCGUCGAGUCAAAACCUUCAUCCUCAAAGAAGAGAAAGGCGGCAGAAAUUGAAUCAGACCCAACAGAGAGGGAUAAUUUGGAUUCUGAUAUGGCUUACAGCGAGGAGCAGACGGAAGCGCAGAAAUUGCCCAACGAGGACACUCAGUUUCCUGACGCGCAACCACAGAGUAUCGCUGCUAUUCUUAACAGCCCGGACUCGCAACUCACUCCUGUGAGCAUCCCCGAGAGCGCAAGGGGGACCAAGGAGACCAAGAAGACCAAAAAUACUAGGGAUGGCGAACGACCAUCCAAAAUGGUCAAGACCUCCCAUGGGGGUAGCGUUAGAAGCCACGCAACGACGGCUAUUUUGGGGGCCGUGGUGGGAGCAGUAGGGACGAUUGCGGCUUUGGCUUCGCUUCCCCCGGACUACUUUGCGUAG